UUCUCCACCAACCACACGCUCUCUUUCUCUCUUUUCUCUCUUCCACUCCUUCUUCCUUUCUCUUCUUUAUAUAUAUAUAUAUAUAUAUAUGAAAAAAAAUAUAUAUAAAUGGGUAUUAAAUCACUAACGCUCCAAAUGAUCCCCUGGUGCUUCCACGUGGCCGGCGCAGCAUGCCGGGACGGACCAACACCCGGUCCGACCCGCAUCGUCCGUCUUAUCGGAUCCGACGGUCGGGUUCGGAUCUACGACAGAUCCGUUUGUGCAGCGGAGCUAAUGCGGGAGCACCCACUCCACUUAGUCUGCAGAUCCGAUACCUUCUUCAUCGGCCAACGGGUCCCUGCCCUCGCCGCCGGCGACCGUCUCCAGCCUGGCCACAGCUACCUUCUCCUUCCUGCUUCCUUCUUCCACUCCGUUCUCUCCUUCGUCACUCUUGCUUCUUCUUUAGCGGGUUCAAACCCGAACCGUAAGGCUCCGAUAAGGCCUUUUGAUAUUAAGAAAACGGAUUCGGGUACGUUGCAAGUCCGGGUUUCUGAUGAGUUCUUGGAGAAGGUGGCGGAGGAGGAGGAGGAGGAGAGAAGACUUAGGAGAGUUUGUACUACUCAAGAGCUUGAGAAGGAUUAUAAGCAGCUUGUGAGAUGUAAAUCCAGACAGUGGAGACCAAAGCUUGAGACCAUUAGAGAGUCUGAUAGGAAGAGAGGUGUCAGAGCUCUCAAAGCCUUUGGUGGUAUCAAGAGAAGGAAGAAGAAGACCAUCAAGUCCAAAGACAACACUAUAAUUACUUCUUCUUCUUCUGAUCAGUUGUAGAAAAAGAACUUCAUUAAUGGAUUCAGACCUUAGUUUUUUUUUUUUUUUAGUUUUGAGUUAAAAAGGUUGUAAUAUAAGAGAGAGAUCAUUUACAGUGGUAUAAAAGAUUGAGACUUAUCUAAAAGGACAUGGUUUCUUUU